AUGGUGCAAGCGCCGGUUCCUCUCAGUCAUGGCAGAUAUGAAGACAAGCUGAGCUCAGUCGCCCGCUUGAACGGUCGCGUCUUCGACAACGACCCCGUCAUCGCGUACAUGCUCCUGGAUAUGAGCCGGGAACAGCGGCUGCGGUACCUGCCCAGUUACUGGUAUAAACUCGCCAGGUCGGCGCUGAUGAACGACGCGCUCAUCACGGAGGCGGAUGGGUGGAAAGCGGCGUCCAUUGUUAUCCCGCCGGGACGGGACAUUGAUAAUGUUUGGACGCUUGUGUACUCCGGCUUCCUGUGUAUUUUGUGGAGAAUCGGAUUCUCGGGUCUCAAACGUCUUUGGACUGAGUUCUCCGGCAUGACCGACAACGCGAAAAGGAAGGGCCUCGGAGGUCAGAAGCGCUACUACUACGUCUUCAGCAUCGGCACUGAGUAUGAGCAUCGCGGAAAAGGUCUUGCCAAAGCUAUCAUGCACUAUCACCAAGAAGUAGCGCAAGCAGAGAAUCUCCCGAUCUGGCUCGAGGCCACGACUGAAAGCUCUCGCUUACUUUAUCUCUCAAUGGACUUCCAGGAGGUCGAGGAACUCUCUCUCGGAAAAGGGAAAGUUGCUGCGGAUGCUACGAUUCAGCCCGGUGGCCCAGGAGUUACUCUAUAUGCAAUGGUGUGGUGGCCGAAAUCAUCAGACCGAGGCUCAGAGCCUGUACAAGCCGCUGACACUACAUCAAGCUGA